CGAAACCCUAUUUCGGGACAUGUUGAAUUUACCAAUCACAGUCCAUUGCGAUGCGCUCGUUAGAAGUGGCAAGAGUUAAUUUCAAGCGUGCAUUAAUAGUGACGAAACUAUCGCGAUAUGAAUACGAAAAAUAUCGCUACCCACAUUUAACCGAGACUGAGUUGGAAGCAGUACUGAAGAAACGAGGUUCUGAGUACGGAAAUUUACUUCGUCGCUACGAAAUUCAUAAAACAUUUGAAAAGCGUUUAGUGGAAAGUGUGGAAGCAUGCGGAAUUACGACCAAAGUGGUGAACCGAUUCGGAUACAAUGAAGAAAAUCUCAAAUGGGCAGAUGUUGUGGUGCCUGUUGGUGGUGAUGGUACUUUCAUACUAGCUGCAAGUAAAAUCCAAGACAACUAUAAGCCUGUUAUUGGCUUCAAUUCAGAUCCAAGUCGUUCCGCCGGUUACCUAUGCCUACCAAAAAAAUAUUCUUCCGACGUCAAAGGAGCUUUGCAGAAGAUCAUUAAUGGAGAUUUCAGGUGGAUGUUUAGAAAUAGAAUACGAAUAACAUUGUUCGGGAAAAACAUUUUCGAUGCUCCACUUGAACUUAACGAAGAGCAAUUGCGAGAACCUGGUGACACUCCUCUGCCGAAGAGAACAACUGUAACAGCUGAUUCUAAGGUUUAUAGGAGGACACUGCCAACAUUGGCUCUUAAUGAAAUAUUUGUUGGUGAAAAACAAGCCACUCGUGUGUCAUACUUGGAACUGAAGCUAGCUGGCGAAUCAAGAACGAAACUGAAGUGUACCGGAAUCUGUGUCGCGACAGGCACCGGGUCCACCGCUUGGCACGCAAGUAUGAACCGUAUUUCUGAACAGUCCAUAAGUGAAUUGCUAUCAUUAUUGAAGCAGCCAGUUUCAGAGGAAACGCGAGCAGAAUUGUGUUCACGUUUUUCGGAACAGUUGAAGUUCGAUCCCGAAGAACGAAAAAUGUGUUAUACAGUGCGUGAGUGUAUAGACACGAAAACCUGGCCAGAAGGUGCUCGAUGAAGAUGCCCUACAGACGGUAAUGUUGCGGGAAUGAUGGUUUUCUCUGCACAGUCAUUUUCGUAUGUAACAGAACUCCAAUUUCGUGAAGUAAUGGGGAAAUUUUAAGCUACUGUAAGUGUUCUCUAAAUAUGAAACCCUGGCCGACAAUGGUCUUAAGUUGUGCCUGUAUUGCAUAGAUGAUUUUUUUUCCAUGUAUUAAUAGUGCAGCUUAAGAUUUUAUAAAGCCCCAGAUGACUGAUUGCAUACCAUAUUGUAUAUGACAUAUUUUGUGCACUUGUUGUAUACCAGCAACUGUUUAGGCAUUCUUACCAUAUUACAAUAUAGCAGUGGCAUCAUAGGCGCUCCCUGUGAAACACGUACAGUCAGAAAACUUACAACUUGAUUAAGCUCAGCCUGUGAAUUCAUUUUGAAUGAAAUUAAUAUUAGAUUGCUUGUAUAAUCCAGUAUAGAGGCCAUUCGAGCUAACUAGGUCUUCGUUGCUCUAUCAGUGUGUUCAUAAUAUUUCAGUUUUGCCUGCCUACAGUGUAUUAUUUUUUUUUCAGAGACCACAUUUUAAAGAAGUUAUGAUGCUGUGGCCAAAAUUUAAUGUUUUGUUGCGAGGAGCAGCAUGGUUCCAGAAUGUUUUGAAUUUGUUUGCACCGAUAAAGAUAAUUUUAUUGACAUAACACAUUUGCUUCUUGCAACUUGUGACAAAUCUACAGUAUUCAGAGCAGGCCACAUGUGCCAUUAUAAUCAACAGGAACAUGAAUAACAAGAAAGCAAAUGAAAGAAAUCAGGCUGUUGGCAUGCCAUUUGAUCCAAGGCAGUUUAGUGUCACCAAAACACUGUAUUUAAUGCAUGAUCCACCAGAAGAUUGCACUAGCUAAGAUAAAAGUUAUUCUCCUCUGUUAUCUUUUUCUUUACCCCUCCCUUUAUUCUGUAAAAACAACCUUUAUAGAAUUUAUGAAUUUCAAAUAAUUUCAUUACCAUCAAAAUAGAGAAUCUCAAAAAACAACCUCAAGUUCAUUACCGAAAAAUUCCAAAGAGGUGUACCAUCAUAUACAAAAAUAAAAUGUGAUACCUAUGUAAAUACACAGUCUUAAAAAUCUAUCAGUGCAGCCUAAAUGAGUCAGACAAAGCUUCCCUUAUUGAUUUUAUUGCAAAACUUUAUUAUGCAAUAAUCACUGUUCAAUAUUUUUAAAAUAUUUCUAAAGCCUGGAAAAUAAUGAUUAAUGAUGUGUACUUAACUUAAAACACUUAGGUUUUUGUUAUGGUACUCUAAUUAUAAUGCUCCACAUUUCACUAAGAGCUAAUGGUAAUGUCAAUACCAAAAAAUACAGUUGUCUCAUGCAAAGAAUUGUAAUCAUGAUCUUAAAAAUGGCUGCAAGUCAGCAACUGUGUAAAUCUGAAGAGGUUGAAAAUAUCAGCCAGCAAGUUGCAAAACAAAGGUUUCUUAGCCCUUGACCUAAGUUUCGAUAUUUCUAAAGCUCCUUGUCACAUCACAUGAUGGUACAUUAGAUUAGCUGAAGCCAAGGGCUCUUGUCAUACAUAAAAUUGGCAAAAACAAGAAUUAUCCCAAGCCGUGGCUUUAGAUUAGCCCCACUACUUCUGAAGAAGAUAUUUUCAGAAAUACUGAAACCUAGGUCAGUGGGUAAUAGACCUUUGUUUUGCAACUGGUUGGGUGAUCUUCAAUGUUAAUCAUGAUUUACUGGACAUAUUUUGUAAAACUGCACUGAUCUCACGUACCAAAAAACUUAAUAUGAUUUAUAUUUGAUCUGGGAAGUGUGGUUUUUUUGAACUGUGGUCAUAAAAACUGUUGAACAUAUAAGCAUUUACUACCAAAUAGUCAGGUAAGUACCUGUUAAAAAGUUUGUAUUUCUAUUUAUGUUAGUAAACCAUUAUUGACUUGCCUAUGCCUCUGUAUUAGGUGUAAGAGUGGAUAGAAUCUGUAUUUUCAUUAUGUCUUCUUUUAUACCAAUUGACACUUUAAAAAACUGUUAUAGAUUGAUAAUACUUGUAUACUGGAAGCAAGACAGACAAGACAGACAGUGCUUGAAUCUGAAUGCUGUCAUAAUACGAUUGAAAUAAUAAAAAAAAAAAGGAGGACAAA